GUUUGUUUUUAGCAUUAGAAGCGAACGCACGUCUCGACUCCUUGUCACAAAUGGAAGCUUGCGUGGCGAGACGAUCUCCCGCCCUCUUCCUCUCCUCCUCCUCCUCCUCCUCCUCCUCUAUCCGAUCGCAUUCUUCUAGUUCCUAUAAUCCCACGAGAUCUCAGGUGUCGUUCCUGCCUCGCCCUUCCCUCUCGUUCCUCCAUCGGCGAUCCCUUUACCUCCGACCCAGCAGCAACCGGUGGCUUUCGAAGGCCGUUCUUUCCGAAUCCAAGACUCCCGUAGAAUCCAUGAUGAAGGGUAAUGAAUUUUUCCUGAGAAAGUUGAUCUCAGGCAUGGAAAAUGUCUACUUGAGCAGGAACCCAACAGCUAAGGCCAUUCUUGAACUUGUUAGGAAAUAUGAUGGAGAUCAUAUCUGCUAUGAUCAUCUUGCUUUCCGAUCUUUUGGGAUAGAUGGGCAUGGCAUUGAUUCAAUGGCAAAGAUUUUCCUACAUUUUGGUUACAAGCAACAUGAAGAAUUGAGAUUUCCUGCAAAGAAGUUGAAAGCACUCUGGUUUUCUCAUCCAGAUGCUGAGACUAAUGCAAAUGGAACUGGUGUUCAUGGGCCUUUGCCAAGGAUAUUCAUAUCAGAGCUUCUUGUGGAUCAGAUGAGUGAUCAAUGUCAGGAAAUAAUUAGAAAAUACAUCAAAGCAUCCGCUAAUGGGUACGAAUAUGCUACUCUUGCAAGUACAUUGGGUUGUCUAACUUGGGAAACUCCAUCAUAUUCUGAUUAUCAAUUGUUAUCUAGGGAGAGUGAAUAUGCUGCAUGGACACUUGUUAAUGGUUAUGCAUUGAACCAUGUUACUAUUUCCACUCAUCGACUGCAAUCGCAUGUCAAGAAAAUUGACGGCUUUAACAAAUAUAUUGAAGCUAAUGGCUUUAAAUUGAAUUCAGAAGGAGGAAUUUUAAAAGUGAGUCCUGAUGGCCUUCUACUUCAAAGUUCCACUGUUGCUGAUACAAUCUCCUUCAACUUUGCUGAUGGUGUAACUGAGUCUGUCCCUUGUUCAUAUAUCGAAUUUGCCGAGCGCCUUUUGCUUCCGGAGUAUAAAAAUAUGCCUGAAGAAGAGGUAAGGGAAUUUCAUAGGCGCGAUGGAUUUGAAGUAGGCAACGCUGACAAGAUCUUUGAAAGCACAUCGAGAGAUCAGCUAACAAGAAAAGUUACUUGAAAAUUGAUCUGCUAUGCCGAGGGAGGGACGCCAAGAAAUGCCAGACAGACUUAUUGUCAAAUGUCAUUCAAAUAAGGCCAACCGUGUGUAAUUUAAUAAGACUAGCGGCGAUUAACUUGACAAUGCCACUAGCUAGAUAUCACCACUGCUAUUGUUUUUUUUCUUAAGAAAACUAUCCAUUCGAUAAUGAUGAUGCAUGAUAUA